AUGGGUCUUCCGAUCACAACAUUAUAUGCGGACAAACAAUCAACUACUAUAAAUGUAGCAAGAAGUGUCCUGUUUAUGGGUGCAGUUCCUGCUGUGACUGAGAAUCUGAUUGACCCGCGAGAGGUUGUUCUGGUCUUUGCGGACUCCAUGGGAGUGGUGGAUUGUGAUGAUACUGGGGAUGAUCUGAUUGUAGAUUUUGAUGAGGGUGAGAGUUUGGUGGCUAAUCUAGCUGAGAAGUUGGUGGCUGCAAAAGCUGAAGAGUUAAGCAAGCUAUUUCAGGGGAGUUUGUCAAUGACUGAAUAUGCCUUAAAGUUUGAUAGACUGGAAAAGUUUGCAAUGGAACUAGUGGCCAUUGAUGGGACCAGAAGGGAGAGGCCUAAACGAGGGAAUCAUUUUGCUGUCACUGUUGUCUAUGCUCUGAAUGGAAAUAAUGAUCGCAAACAGCUUUGGAAAUAUAUUGGACUUAUUGCUCAAGGUACUAAGAUUCCGUGGAUUGUUGGAGGAGAUUUUAACUCUGUUUUGUCUACUGAAGAGAGGCUGAAUUAUCAUGAGGGGAAAGCUCGGGUGUGUGCAAAGUUAGAUCGGGUCUUAGCAAAUAAUGCUUGGUUGGAUACUUUUCCAACGGCUGAAGUUAGUUAUCUUCCAGAGGGUGUCUUUGAUCACUCACCAGGAAUUCUUUCCAUAUACCCGAAUACACAUGACAGUCAUAAACCUUUCAGAUACUUUAAUUAUUGGAGCUCUUUGGAAGAUUUUACUGGUAUUGUCCAAAAAGGGUGGAGUGAGAUAGUUGAAGGUCAUCCAAUGUACAGAUUAGUUAAAAAACUUAGAAUGCUAAAACAAGGACUCAGGAGGUUACAUCAGCAAGGGAAAGGAGAUCUUGGUUUGCAAGAUUCGGAAGCUUAUAAAAAUCUGCUUGAUAUUCAGGAGACUUUAAGGGAGCAUCCUCGGAAUGGAGAGCUUAUUACUCAGGAAAUUCAGGCUAGGAUGAAAUUUACUGAGAUUCACAAGCAAUACUUACUUUUUUUAAGGCAGAAAGCGAAAGCAAAAUGGAUUGCUCUAGGUGAUGACAAUACCAAAUUAUUUCAUGCUAGUAUGAAACAGAGGAGAAUGCAAAACACUAUUUAUUCGGUCGGAAACAGAAAUGGAGAUUGGGUUACUGAGCAACAUGAGGUUACUCGAGCCUUUUUGGAUUUCUAUGAUCAUAUACUAGGAUCCAAAAUGGGUUCAAGAACCAGGGUUCACAACAGUAUAAUCCAAGAGGGUCCGAUGGCUCCUGGACCAGAUGGAUUCAGCAGUGGUUUCUUCAAAGACACUUGGAAUAUCAUUGGGGAAGAUUUCACAACUGCUAUACUUUCAUUUCUCCACACAGAGAGGAUUCUUAAGGAAAUUAAUGCCACAUCCAUUACUCUAAUUCCUAAAAUGGCUUGUCCUGACUCAGUGAGUGAUUAUAGACCUAUUGCUUGCUGCAAUGUGGUCUAUAAAGUGGCAACCAAAAUGAUAUGUUCUCGCCUCCGAAACAUCCUUCCUAGCAUUAUUUCUGACAAUCAAAGUGGAUUUGUUCGAGGUAGGCAAAUAGUUCAUAAUAUCAUGGUUUGUCAAGAUUUGGUUCGGGGUUAUGAUAGGCGAAGGGCAAAAUCAUCUUGUAUGUUCAAAAUAGAUUUACAGAAAGCUUAUGAUACUUUAGAUUGGGAUUUCCUUCAAGAGAUGAUGCUGGCUUUAGGUUUCCCUACAAAGUUUGUGUCAUUAAUCAUGGCUUGUGUUUGCACCCCGAGGCUCUCCUUUAUGGUUAAUGGAUCCCUUCAAGGUUUUAUUCAACCUAAAAGGGGUCUCCGUCAAGGUGAUCCUAUGUCUCCACUGUUAUUCAUCAUUGGAAUGGAGUAUCUUUCGCAUAUUUUGAAGAAAGUGGCUAAUCUUACUAGUUUUCAAUUUCAUCCGAGAUGUAAAAGUAUAAAGCUGACGCAUUUAUGUUUUGUGGAUGAUUUACUACUUUUUUGCAAGGGAGAUUACAAGUCGGCCAGCUUGCUCUUACAAGGUUUCAAAUUAUUCUCCAAUACUUCAGGGCUUCAACCUAAUAUGGGGAAAUCGGCAGUCUUUGGGGCAGGUUUGGACACUUGCACUCUAACUCGUAUUGAACUAAUUUCUGGUUUUCAAAGAAGUUGUUUGCCAUUUAGAUAUCUUGGUUUGAAAAUAUGUUCCAAAAGGUUAUCUUUAGCUGAUUGUGAGUGUUUAAUUAUUAUCCUGCCUAAAAGUGUUGUACAGAAAAUUAACCAGAUUUGCCGAGCUUACCUUUGGAAAGGUAAUGACAAGUUUAAUGGAUCUGGGAAUGUUUCUUGGACUGAGAUUUGUCAUUCGAAAAAAGAAGGUGGUUUGGGAUUCAAAGACACUGCUUUAUGGAAUCUUUGUGCUAUGGGGAAACAUGUGUGGGCUAUCUCUAAUAAGAAAGACAAUUUGUGGGUGAAAAUGGUUAAUUCAGUCUACAUUAAAAAGUGUAGUUGGUGGACUUAUGAAGCCCCUGCUGAUGCUAGCUUGUAUUGGAAAAGAAUAGUACAGACUAAAGACAAACUAAAACAGGUUUUUUCUGAAUUAGAGUUCUAG